AUGUACAGGCCAUUCAAAUCGCCGUUGCUCACCAGACCGCCUGGAUGUACUCCACAGCAAGCACAGGAACCCGUUGCUGAACGACCGAGCAAACGAUUAAAAGUCUCGCCACAGCAGCCUGAACAGGAUGGAAACUCUUCAGAUACUAUCUGCGAGUCGCCUGGAAAGCCAUUCGAAGACACAGCGGACGCAAGGUUCUCAGUUCUUUGGCGCAAAAUAACCAACAAGAAGAACAAAAUCUGGGAUGGUGAUGGCAUACUCAUCGUUUCGCAAGGAUAUGCCAAUCUCAAAGAUUCGGAUGGCAAGGACAUUGGCAGGACGGUCUGCAAAACACCAUUACUCCCAGGAUCUACACUCAGUAUGAGCGGCAAAGAGGUUGAGAUAGACUCACGCAUCUCUAGAGAAGAAGCGAAGUCUCUGUUGCCUCAAAAGAAAGCCCCGAAGCCAGCUAUUGCCAUACCCGCCAGCACUAUCUCACGGCCAUCUGUACCUCUUGCUCGGACGCCACUUCGACCUGUCCAGAUGCAGACAAAGCCGGCCAGCAUGCUCGGCAAGGCUACUGCUGCCUUCAAUUCCAGUCCGAAAGUUGAAGCACCGCCGAGGUCUGCCAGUAUGCUCAACAAGCCGACUGCAGCAUUCAGAAGCCCAAUGCUAGACAAGACCGGCGUCCCUCUUUCACGCUCAAAAUCAGAUGGCAAGACUGUUUGUCUUCCCCGUCACGACCCUAACGAACCAAACACUCUUGUCAUGAAGCGACCGAAGCACGUACCUGAUGGAAAGCACAUUGUCGACGUAGUUGUUGAUCCAAACCUGACCAAGCAUCUCAGAGAACACCAACGCGCUGGUGUGGCCUUCUUGUACGAGUGCGUCAUGGGAAUGCGACCCUUUGUAGGCGAGGGUGCAAUCCUAGCAGACGAGAUGGGUCUGGGAAAGACUCUGCAGACUAUUGCCUUGGUCUGGACUCUGCUCAAACAAAAUCCAAUCUACGAGGACGGUCCUGUGAUCAAAAAGGCUCUGAUCGUAUGCCCUGUCACGCUCAUCAACAACUGGCGCAAAGAAUUUAAGAAAUGGCUGGGCAAUGAGAAAGUGGGAGUUAUGGUUGCCGAGAACAACAAAACCAGACUCAGCGACUUCACCAAAGGCAAGAGUUACAACAUCUUGAUCAUUGGCUACGAGAAGCUCCGCAACGUUCAGGAGGAACUGCAACAAGGAUUAGGUGUGGACAUUGUCAUCGCCGACGAAGGUCAUAGACUCAAGACGGCCAACAACAAGUCAGCCAUGGCCAUCAAAUCUCUAAACACCGAGCGAAGAGUUAUCCUUUCGGGUACCCCUAUCCAGAACGACUUGAGCGAGUUCUUCACCAUGGUCGAUUUCGUGAACCCUGGACUUUUGAAGACAUGGUCAUCCUUCAAAAAGCAGUACGAGAGUCCUAUUCUCAAAAGCAGAACACCGGGUGCGACUGCCAAGGACAUUGAAAAAGGACAGGCCUGCAGUGAAGAGCUUGCAUCGAUUACUGGUCAGUUCAUUCUUCGACGAACUGCAGAGAUUCUGUCAAAGUAUUUGCCUCCGAAAACCGAGUACGUCGUGUACUGCCAGCCGACUCAAGUGCAGAAGGAUGUGUAUGAGGCCGUCGUUAGCACUGGGGUCUUGAACCAAGCACUCAAGAGUAGCGAAGCCUCCUUUGCGAUGAUCAACGUGUUGAAGAAGCUCUGCAACAGCCCUUCACUUCUUAUCAAAGACGCCUCCGAGAGCGAAGCGGGCACGAUAAGUUCACUGCUAUCCAGAGUCCCUGCUUCGGAUCUUAAGAGUGCAGGCGGUAGCAGCAAGCUACAGGUUUUAGACGAGUUCCUCCACCUCGUCCACACAAAAACGCAAGAGAAGGUUGUGGUGGUUUCCAACUACACAGCUACCCUGGACAUGAUUGGCAAAAUGUUGACUGCUCUCGAAUACUCCUUUCUGCGCCUCGAUGGCUCGACACCUGCAAACCAACGUCAAGGAUUGGUCGACAAAUUCAAUCGUACCUCAGCCAACAACUGUUUCGUCUUUCUACUCUCUGCAAAGGCAGGAGGUGUUGGCCUGAACCUCAUAGGCGCCAGUCGCUUGGUCCUUUUCGACAUUGACUGGAACCCGGCAACUGAUCUUCAAGCUAUGGGUCGCGUGCACCGCGAUGGUCAGAAACACCCAGUCCACAUCUACCGCUUUUUGACCAAGGGAGCACUGGAGGAGAAGAUAUUCCAGCGCCAGCUCACGAAGCAAGGAUUGGCCGACUCGAUUGUGGACAACAAGGCAAAUGCCUCGAGCUUCUCACCCGAAGAACUUAGGGAUCUGUUCACAUUGGAUCCACGCGAGAGUUGUCAGACUCAUGAUCUUCUCGGUUGCGACUGCGCAUGCGAUGGUUCUAUCCCCAUAUCCAGCUCGUCAUCACCAAUCACCGCCUCAGCAUCAGCCGCAGGAGACGACGAAGACAAAGAAGCAGAAGCCGCAGACGAAGAAGAAGAAAUGCCCGCCCUCCCCUCAUUCCUCCGCUCCUCCCAAAUCGACCCCGAGACCCAAGAACGCUUACGCCGCCAACACCACUCUGCCCUGCACUCCCGUCUGUCUCCUAAGAAAAAGGCNAGUAACGGCAAAGACACGGAAAAAGUGGCCAUGGCUUCCCUGAUGCAAUUCUCCCAUCUCGAUGCCGUCAAACUGAGACAAGAGAUUGCACUAGGCAAUGGCGAAGUCGACGGUGAAGAAGAAGAUGGCAUCGUUGCAGUCAAGGAGAAAGCAGAGGAUGCAGUGCAGGAUGUGGUGUUGAGGGCGUUGGUCACGGAGCAGAGAUCGAGGAUCGAUUUUGUGUUUGCCAAGACGAGUGGUUGA